AUGGAUGGGGGCUCCGGAGCCCCCCCCAGCCCAGGAUGCUGCUCCGCCCGCUGCCCCAGCUCCAGCUCCAGCCCCAGCCCCAGCUCCAGCUCCAGCCCCAGCCCCCAAGCUCCUGCAGCUCCUGCUGCUCCUGCAGCUCCUGAUGCUCCAGCUGAUCCUGACAAUCCAGAGGGGGCUGAAGGUGAAGAAGCCCCUCCCCCUGUUGUCUACAACCGCUAUGCAGACGACACCAUGCGAUAUGUCAUCAGGAAGUUAAGAGAGAGGAAGGAUGUCCUCAAAGACAAGGUGGUUGACCCCUACGCCACGUCCCCAGAAGUCAGUCCACCUGUCACGCCUAUUUUCAAGAAGCAGGACUACAUCAGGCUAAAAGAAGAGGAGCGGAUAGCCAAGGAAGAAGCAGACAAGAAGAAGGCGGAGGAAGCAGCCAAGAAGGCAGAGGAGAAGAAGAAGAAAGAUGAAGAGAAGAGACUGGAGGCGGAGAAGAAGGCGGAGGAGGAGAGGCUGGCGGAGGAGGCCAGGAAGAAAGCCAAAAUCCUCCCCGACAUCAGCUGCUCCUGCUUCGACGUCCUCUUCCGGCCAGUGGAGGAGAAGAUGGACACCGUCCUGGGAACCACCCUCGACCCUUUCACAGAUCGCCGCUACAUCGCCUGGCUGAGCGUGGUCGCAGUGGCCUACAACUACAACUCCUGGUUCGCCACCGCCCGGCUGGCCUUCCCCUUCCACAACGCCACCGUCAACCCGUACUGGAUCUUCUUCGACGUGGUCAGCGACAUCGUCAACGUCAUCGACAUUGUGAUCUGGCAGCCUCGCCUUCAGUUCGUCAAAGCCGGGGACAUCAUUAAAGAUAAAGUGCAGUCCAAGGUGCAUUACAGGAAAUCUCUCAGAUUCAAGACCGACAUCUUCAGCAUCCUCCCGUUCGACCUGCUCUGUCUGAGGUUCCCCUUCUCCUCCUUGUAUCGACUGAACCGCUGCAUCAGGAUCGAGUCCUUCUUUGAGUUCAGCGAUCGACUGGAGAGCAUCAUGGCCAAGGCUUAUAUCUGGAGAGUGGGCCGCACCACCGGCUACCUGCUCUUCAUGCUGCACCUCAACGCCUGUGCGUACUACAUCGCCUCGCUGUCCCAAGGCCUCGCUUCGUCCACAUGGGUGUAUGACGGACAGGGAACCGCGUAUCUGCGCUGUUACUACUUCGCUGUGCGCAGCCUGAUCAAUAUCGGGGGUCUUCCGGAACCGAUCACCACCUUCGAGAUCACCUUCCAGAUGUGCAACUUCUUCAUUGGCGUCUUCGUGUUCUCCAGUCUGAUCGGACAGAUGAGGGACGUGAUCGGAGCGGCGACGGCAGGUCAGACGUACUUCCGGGCCUCGAUGGACGGCUGUGUGGAGUACAUGAACACAUACACCAUCCCCAGGAUCGUCCAGAACCGAGUGCGGACCUGGUACAACUACACCUGGGACUCUCAGGGCAUGCUGGACGAGUCUGAGCUGCUGGAUAAGAUGCCUCUGGUGAUGCGAAUCGCCAUCGCCGUCGACGUCAACCUGGCAACCUUCCAGAAGAUCGCUCUGUUUCAGGGCUGCGACCAGCAGAUGCUGGUCGACAUGCUACUGAGGCUCAAGUCCAUCAUCUACCUACCCGGAGACUUCGUCGUGAAGAAGGGAGACAUCGGGAAAGAGAUGUACGUGAUCAAAAGCGGCGCGGUGCAGGUGGUGGGAGGACCCGACAACAGCAUCGUGUUCGUCACGCUGAAGGCCGGCUGCGUGUUCGGAGAGAUCAGCCUGCUCCAGUCGGCCAAGGACGGGGGGAACCGGCGCACGGCCAACGUCCGCGCUCACGGCUUCGCCAACCUCUUCGUCCUGGAGAAGAAGGACCUGUUCGACAUCCUCGUCCACUACCCCGAGUCUGAGAAAGUGCUGGCCAGGAAAGGCCGGAAACUGCUCAAAGCCAAAGGACCAGUCGCUGCAAAAGCAGAGGACAAGCCCAAAGGGCUGAAUGUGUUUGGACAGAAACCGCCAACGCCCAAGAUCAUGAAACUCUUUGGAAACAUACGCAAAGGACAGGCGGCGAAGAAAGAGAACGAGUAGAACCAAGAGCAGGAUGCGGGAUCGUCUCCCAUGCUCUACUUUCUUUUUUAUAACGAUCAUUAAAGAGAAAUUCCCCUCAUGUGACGACACCAAUAAACCAGAUGUGAUCAGGCAGCAGCUGAAGGUCAACAGCAUGAUUGCACACUGUAAAAUAUGUCAAUUUUCAUAUAAAACAAGGUUA